UUUCUAGAUGAUCACGCACUCAUAACAUAACCUCACUUUACCCACGCGUAAAUGUGUCUAUUACCACAUGUUCAUUUUCGUAUCAGUAGAAAGUUUUUUGCGGCAGAAAGAAAACUUUUAUAAUACAACUAUAAGAAUCUGUUUAAUUGAUUAAGUGUAUAGGUAUUGUUUAUUCCCAGCAUCGUAUAUUUACACAUACAUUAUGAAGAAGUCACAGAAAUUGGACCAAAAAGAAAAACGAAGAGAACGAACAUUAAAUGUUUGUUUACCACAUAUAAUAAAAGACACAAAAGACAUUGAAAGUUUAUUCGUUGGUAAUUUUCAUGUGAAGCUACCGCGACAGUCCAGUAAAUCGUGUCACGUUGUGUUUCCUAGCGUAGAGGAGAAGAUAAAAAAUCACAAGCUUGCAAAGGACAAAACAAUCAAUGGAAAACGAAUCAUUAUUCGGGCAUUGCCUGCUCUUGUACCUAACUCGAAAACUAAGAAAAAGAAGAAAAAGCUUUUCAUGCCUGAAGUAAAAUCAGACAUUAAAGUGACACAAACGCUAUUUAUCUCGAAUAUAUUGAAUGGUACAAAAUCACACGAAGUAAGAGAGAUUAUCCCUGGAUGCGUACACGUUACUUUAUUGAAACCUUACAAUAAAAACUUCAGAAGUGCCAUAGCUAAAAUGGAGACUAUCCAAGUAGCAGCAAAUUAUUUGAAGAGGCAGAGCAGAUGGCCAGUUUUGAAAGGACACACACUUCGUCUGAAACCAGAUACUAGACAAAAGCACAAGAGAAAAGCGUCUUCUAAGACUUUAAAAAUUUAUGACGCUACUGCGACGGAAGAAUGUAAAUCUGAUGGAAGCUCAGACCACAUAGACGAUAACGACGAAAGCGAUUAAAAAUUUAUAGAAUUGGCGCGUGGCGCGGCUCGCGCCAGGCAUGGGAUGUGUGGAAGGUCGCACGCCUGCCUGCCAUGCUCCAUGGGCACUCCGGACAUUAUUUGGCAGCCGCAAAGCUCCCAUACAGCAGACUUCCAACAC